AUGUCUUUGCCUUCAAAUAAUUCAAAAUAUACACUGAAGAAAAUAUCUCUUCGUCAAAAGCAAAGGUGUUUUCGAGUGGCCAUAUUAGGACAAAAUGGCGUCGGAAAAUCGGCUCUAACAGUACGAUUUCUGACUAGAAGAUUUAUUGGUGAAUAUGAUCCAACUCUUGAACAAGUUUAUCGAUGUCAUAAAUCAGUACAUGGAAGCAAUGUGGACUUUGAAAUAUUGGAUACAGCAGUUCAGUAUGAAAACAAUUGUAUGGAGGAAAAUAUCCGUUGGGCAGAUGCCUUUAUUUUGAUGUAUUCGGUCACCGACACGUGUAGCUUCAACGAGUGCUGUAGGCUAAAGUUCCUCAUCAACUCCUAUUGCAAAAAAAGAAGACCAUUAAGAAUGACCAGUGAUCCAUCUUCUAAAGUAACAAUAGCCACAGCUCCAGUUAUAUUAGUAGGCAAUCAGAUAGACAAAACAAGGGAUCGAAUGGUGACGUUUGAUGAGGGCAGACGUCGCGCAUGUGAAAUGGGUUGUGUGGGAUUUUACGAGGUUUCAGUAUCGGAAAUGACUGAAAGAAUUACGGAAAUAUUUGACGAUCUUUACAUCACGUUAAUGCAAACUUAA